AUGCUCCUCGUGUUUCAUGAAUAUAAGAUAGGCGUGUUGUACCUCCGAUUUAGCAAUCAGGAUAGGGUCAGAAAAGAGAUUUUGAAUCUCUCGGCCAACACUGUGUCGAAUGCGACCAUUGUGGGGUUGAAUGCCACAUUCAGUUACUGUAAUGUCACGGUCACCUACACCCAUCCCGGCUGGAACGACACCAUCCAUAUCACCAUAUACUUGCCACCGAAUAGUACCUGGAAUGGUCGAUUCCAAGGCGUUGGCGGUGGUGGAUGGGCAGCCAGUUCUGGCGCAGUGUCUCUGCUUAGUCCCGUUGCCAGUAACUAUGCAGCAGGAAACACGGACGCAGGGCACCCAGUCAAUACUGCAUCUUCAGCCUCUUGGGCAUUCAACGCAAGAAACGAUCUCAACAUUCCUCUCCUCACCGACUUCGCAUCAGUAGCUUUGAAUGACCUCGCCGUCGCGGGCAAACAACUCUCGAAUGCCUACUACGGCUAUGGGCCUCGGCAUUCCUACUGGAGUGGCUGCAGCACUGGCGGGAGGCAAGGUCUCAUGAUGGCUCAGAGAUAUCCGACCGCAUAUGAUGGCAUUUAUGCUGGGAGUCCUGCAAUCCACUGGCCAACUUUCCAGGUUGCACAGUAUUGGGGUCAGUUCGUGAUGAAUCAACUCGAUUAUCAUCCGCCGACUUGCAUUUUCGAUGCCAUCACUGCAGCGGCUGUUUCUGCAUGCGACAAUCUAGAUGGCGUCGAGGACGGCGUUAUCUCUGCACUCUCUCUUUGCAACUUUGAUCCCAUGACCAUUGUCAAUACCACGGCCAACUGCAGCGGCACGCCUGUCACGAUCAGAGUGAAAGAUGCUGAGAUUGUCCAGAAGGUAUGGGAGGGCCCGCGCACGUCGGAUGGGACAUUCCUCUAUUGGGGUUUGAAUCGAGGAGCUCCAUUCGAAGGCUUGACAAACACGUCUUGUACAAGCUUAACCAAUUGCACAGGAGCACCUUUCUCGAUUACCCCAGACUGGAUCAACAACUGGGUCCUGGCAAACCCAACCUUCAACCUUAGCGCCAUCACCCUCGACGAAUUCACAAGCAUAUUCUAUCGCGCUUAUACCCUGUAUGACUACCUGAUCGGCACCGACAAUCCUGAUCUCUCGGAAUUCAAGCGAGCAGGCGGCAAGAUGAUUGCCUGGCACGGUUUGGCUGAUCAGCUAAUCUACCCAAACGGCACGGUGGACUAUUAUCAGAAAGUUGAGGCUCGAGACCCUGCUGUACGUGACUUCUACCGGUUCUAUGAGGCUCCUGGAGUUCAACAUUGCGGUGGCGGCGUUGGUGCAGCUCCUAGUGACCAAUUGGAUGCAGUGGUUGACUGGGUUGAGAAGGGAUUGAAACCUGACACGUUGGCCGCUGUGACGACGGAUGGCGAGAAGCAUCGGAACCUCUGCCAAUUUCCUUUAGUCUCUGUUUAUAAAGGAGGGAAUACUUCUCUCGCAACUAGCUUUGCGUGUGAAACAAGCUUUUGA